AUGGUCUCAACAAAGAACAUCGUGGUUUUGGGAGGCUCCUACGGCGGUGUUUCCUCCGCUCACUACAUCCUGAAACAUAUUCUGCCAGCUCUCCCUACUAUGAGUCCAUUCAAAGUCAUUCUCAUCAGCACCUCUUCGGAGAUUCUUUGUCGCCCGGCUUGUCCUCGUGCCAUGAUAUCAGACGAGCUGCUUCCCCAGGCAAAGCUGUUUGUUUCUAUCCCGGAAGCUUUUGCGCAGUAUCCUGUCCAAUCCUUUUCCUUUGAGCAAGGGACAGCAGCCAGGCUAGAUCACUCCAACCGGACCAUUUCAGUAAAGUCUUCUGAUGGCCAAACGGAAAAGACGAUAGAUUUUUUUGCGCUCGUGAUUGCCACUGGUGCAUCAACGCCAUCGCCUCUCCUUGGUCUUAACCAUGACUCAGAAUUCCUCCGAAAAGAAUGGGCUGCGUUUCGUGAGGCAUUAGCGACGGCUAAGAGUGUUGUCAUUGCGGGCGGCGGUCCCGCCGGAGUCGAAACUGCCGGCGAACUGGGCGAGUACUUGAACGGUCAGGCAGGCUGGUUCAGUCACAAAUUGGAGAAUCCCAGAGUACACAUCACGGUUGUUACCUCGGGUUCGCAGAUUCUCCCUCUCCUCCGGCCCAGUAUCGCUCAGAAGGCGGAGAACUAUCUUGCUCGCGUUGGAGUGACUGUCAUCAAAAACACGAAGGUCACGGAUGUCGCGCCAAGGGAUGCUGGGACGGCAAAUGCUCUGACGACGAACGCGACGGUAACCCUUGCGGAUGGGAAGCCCAUAAAGGCUGAUAUUUACAUUCCUGCGACGGGAACAACGCCCAACACAGCGUUUGUCGACCAGUCGCUGCUAGAGGCUGACGGACGCGUGCAGACCAACAUCUCAACCUUACGUGUCGAGAAAGCUGGCCCACGCGUCUACGCAAUUGGCGAUGCAUCCUCGUAUGCACGACCCGCUGUUCAUAAUAUCAUGAGCGCUGUACCAGUGCUCUGUGCAAACAUCAGGCGGGAUUUACUGCUUGAUGCCAAAGUGGCAGAAACUUCCGUGGCAGUGGAUCGAAUCUUCCAGGAAGACACACGAGAGACGCAGUUGGUGCCGAUUGGCACAAGUAAAGGUGUGGGAGUAGCCAUGGGUUAUCAAAUACCUAGUUUCCUAGUGCGGCUGAUCAAAGGUCGGGACUAUUGGUUGUGGACGACAGGAAAAUUAUGGAAUGGGAACCAGUGGGCAAAAGAGACAUGA